AUGGCGGCGCUGAGCGGCCUGUCGUCGGCGCUGGAGUCGUAUAGGGGCCGGGACCGCCUGAUCCGAACGCUGGGGUACUGCUGCCAGCUGGUCGGUGGGGUCCUGACGGAACAGUGUCCGGCCAGGUCAGAGGUGGGGACGCGCCUGCUGGCGCUGUCCUCCCAGCUCAGCCACUGCAGGACUGUCCUGCGACUCUUUGACGACCUGGCCAUGUUCAUCUACACUAAACAGUACGGCCUGGGGGCAGAGGAGGAAGGCAUCUUUGUCCGCUGCGUGUCUGUCCUGGGCAACCUGGCCGACCAGCUCUACUACCCCUGUGAGCAUGUCGCCUGGGCCGCGGACGCCAAGAUCCUCCACGUGGACUCUGCCCGGUGGUGGACACUGAGCACAGCCUGCUGGGGCCUCUCCCUGCUCCUGGGGAUCGCCAGGUCCCUGUGGAUGGUCCUGACGCUGAGACAGAGGCUGAGGAGCCCCACGGCGCCCUUCCCCAGCCAGCUGCCCGCUAGCAAGCGGAGGGCCAUGCAGGCCCAGGUCCAGUCGGAGGUGCUGACUGUCCUGAGCAACCUGGCCGACCUGGCCAAUGCCGUGCACUGGCUGCCCCCGGGCGUCCUGUGGGCCGGCCGCUUCCCCCCGUGGCUGGUGGGCCUCCUGGGCACCGUCUCCUCCCUCCUCAGCGUCUAUCAGGCAGUCCGGGCCGGCCAGGCCGAUGCCGCCACCCCCUGACACGCUGCGGGGAGCUCGUGGAUGCAGCCGAAGCCAGACAGAGGGCCCCUUCCUCCAAAGGAGAAAUCACCCAGGCAGGGGCUGGGUCUCUAACUGAGCAAAUCAAGGCCAGGUGUGGGGAGAUGCAACCCAAAGAUGGCACGGAGCAGCCGGGGGCGAGGUCCCCCAGGCGCUGGGGCCAGGACCUUUCCUCCCAGGCCUGGCUUCUCUCAGGGCCGGAGCAGGAGGGCCCGGGUCUCCCAUGCAGAGAAGGACACCGCCGGCCUCAGCAGAGCCUGGCUCCUGGCUCUGCUGCCCGGUGUCCUGUAUUCCAGUGAACGCAAGCAGGGAGACCAGGACCCUGUGCACCACGUGGGGCCUUAGGAAGCUGACACGAGAAUCAAUUAAAUACUGUGGUGCUGGUGCCAGGCCCAGGUGUGAGUAGUUCUUCCGAAACUCACCUACUCCAGCCCCCUCCCGUCCGCAGGCCCGCUCACUCACAGGCUCUCUUUCCUGGAGGCGCGUCCCUGGGCCUUAUUUUAGGGACGGUGUGCAGGCGCCACCUCUGGGCGUGACGGUGUCCUGGGUUCAGCUUCUCCCGGGACGGAAAUGCAGUGGGAAACCGCACCUUCCCGGCCUGCCUUCUGGAAUGUCCUUGGCUGGUGGGUCCUCUCCGACUCUGCAAGCACGGCCCACUUCAGCCACGGGGUGCCGCCCUCCCUCCCAUCUCUGGCACAGGGGUCCC